UUUUAUAUAUAAUAAAUGGUUUAUUGAUUUCAAAGGGGAACAAAUUUUCUUUUUUGCUGCAAGACCAAAUGGUUCUGUUAAAAAAACAUGGUAUGGGAAAAGGAAGGCAGCGGGAGGGGUGCUUUGAAGAGGAAGAAAUAAAUCCAAUGAGACAAGUUCUAGCAAUUGUUGAUGGAAGGUUUAAGCUGUUUGAGAGCCAUGCAAUCCUGAAAUAUUUGUCUUGUGCAUUCCCGGGAGUCUCAGACAGCUGGUUAGAGGACAAAACUUUAAAAAGGAAGAAGGUAUUUGCGACUCUAAAGGUCCUGGGAACUGUUGUGGAAGAACUUACAAAAGAAAUAGCCCCUGAAGAUGCAGAUAAGCUGAUCUCUGAAGAGCGAUGACUUAGGAUGUAAUUGCUUAUAACAUAAUUCCACUGGAUGCAACAUCUAUAACAAAUGCCAUAGUCUCAUUUCCAGAGGUGAGGGCAGCAGUAUCGGCUUUAAAGUACCAUAGGGAGCUACCCGAGCUGCCAGGAGAUUUUUCCCUUAGUGCUGAUAUGCUUGAUUUUUUGCAGUAUGUCUUUGGUUUCCAGGUUGGUACAUAUGUGAUGUUGAAGUAUGUAUAAAUGUAACUUUAAUAUAUGAAUUGGAUGCAUACGAACAUUUCAUUGUUUUUGAAGAAUUUGUGUAGGUUUUGUCUGUUGUG